GCAGCAACCGCCUCAGAUUCGUCAUCGGCCUCUGCUGGGUCUGCCACAUCCUCGGCCGCUGCUUCAUCCUCCGCCUCUUCCGCAUCCUCGGCCGCUGCUUCAUCCUCCGCCGCUGCUUCAUCAUCGGCCGCUGCUGCAUCAUCGUCAACAAACGCAGCAGGAUCUUCCGCGGCUGCCUCUUCCGCAUUAGCUUCCUCUGCCGCCUCUAACGCCGCCGCUUCAUCCGCCGUAGCCGCCUCCUCCUCCUCCGCCGCCGUAGCCGCCUCCUCCGCGGGUGCGUCGUCGUCAGCAGCAGCAGCAGCAUCAUCAGCUGGUGGCGGGGCAGCGUCAUCAAGUGAUUCAGCAGCCACGGUUUCAGUGGGUGGUUCCAACACAGCUUCUUCUGCGGGCAGCUCAGCUUCCAGUUCGGCCGCCUCAGGUGACAGCACCACUGCUGCUUCAAACGAAACCACCACCGCAGGAGAAUUUGGCCACAAUACAGGCAGUGACACCGUCGGCACCAGUCUUUUCUGCUUCUUUGCGGCCCUGAUCAUCUCUCUACUUCGGGCCUAAGCACCAAAUGGAAAACCGCUACCCUAUCACCAUGUGCC